GGCAUUGAGGUUGCUGCAAAGAACUUGGGGAAAGUCAAAUAGAAGGGAAGGCGAAGCUUUGGAUUUCAAACAAGUUGGGAUUUCUUUAGAUUCUCCUCCCGUUUUACCAAUACCUCAGCAUCUACUCUUACCAUCUUAUAUCACCAUUAGAGAGUAAAGACCUUGACAUAUGUACAAACGCCACCCAUUAAAUUCCAUUUACCCCAUCUAUGUAGCUGCCCAGCUUUAUUAUAUUGCCUUGCCUUCCCCUCCCCUUGACCCCUAUCAUAAUUGAAUUCAUUUAUUACUCCUUCCAUUUGCUGCUAUUCCAGUUGGUUCUCCACCCCCAUCUCCCCUUCCUCUCCUCCCAUUGACCUCGAAAAAAAGAAAAAAAAUAUCUUCUCCCUCCCCUGGUUGUAGUCCAGUUCCAAUCCAGAAAUCCCCAUCCCUUGCCUGCUCUUCUUGCGUCACAUCAGACAAGAGGCUCUUCAUCCUUCUUUUUCUCAAAAAGAUGGGAUUUUGGGGUGCAAACAGGGUCUGGUGAGUCCUAAUUUUUCUCAUUCUCUCUCUCUCUCUCUCUCUCUCUAUCUCUCUGCCUUUGUUUAGGCCAAAACAUGGAUUUGGUGUUGCAUGAAAGGAUCAAAGCCGGGGACUUUCUUUCUCCAGUCCCACUCCCAUUGCCAUACCUCCCACCACCACCUCCUGUUGCGCAGAGUAAUUUAGAUAACAAGAUCAGUCCUAGCGUCCUUCUCAUAAUUGUCAUCCUAGCAAUCAUCUUCUUCAUCUCUGGGCUGCUCCACCUCCUGGUUAGAUACCUCUUGAGACCCAGCAACAGGGACCCGGAGGACAUGGACAAUGUCACGGCCCUCCAAGGCCGGCUCCAGCAGCUGUUCCACCUCCAUGAUGCCGGGGUGGACCAGUCCUUCAUCGAUACCCUCCCUGUGUUCCUCUACAAGGCCAUCAUAGGCCUCAAGGACCCCUUCGACUGCGCCGUGUGUCUCUGCGAGUUCGAGUGCGACGACAAGCUAAGGCUGCUCCCGAAGUGCAGCCAUGCCUUCCAUAUGGAGUGCAUCGAUACCUGGCUCUUGUCCCACUCUACGUGCCCUCUUUGUCGUGGGAGCCUCCUCCCCGACUUCUCCCCCAGCAACAGUUGCAGCCCUCUAGUCCUUGUUCUCGAGUCCGGGAGUGAGAGCUCCAGGGAGAUUGCUCCCGAUAGAGGGGAGCCUGGGAGUCAUUCCCACCUUGGUUUCCUCGGAGAAGAUGACUUCAGGCCUUCGUCGAACGAUGCGUCGCUGAAGCAGGGGGCAGCCGUGGAAAAGGAAGAGGUGGCUGUGCCUGUUUUGGAGAAUUCGGAGGCGAAGGUGGUUCCGGUGAGGCUCGGAAAGUUUCGGAACGCGGAUGCUAAUGGUGGCGAGGGUGAAGGUAGUAGCAGCGCUGGUGGCAAUAGCAAUUUGGAUCAAAGGAGGUGUUUUUCCAUGGGGUCCUACGAGUAUGUGAUGGAUGAGGGCUCUGUCCUUAAAGUGGCCAUCAAGCCACCCAAGAAGAGGCCGACGGUCAAGAAGCCUGGGCAGGGGCUCGCGAUGUCCGAAUGCGAUUGCCAUUCGAGGAGAGAGGGGUUUAAAGCAUUCGAACCGUCUCAGAGUGUUGAAACCGGUGGUAAUGGAGGUGGUAUUGCGAGUCUGAACAGAAGAGAGAGCUUCUCUAUUUCGAAGAUAUGGCUGCGUGCGAAGAGAGAUCGGCCCGUCAGCGAAGACUGUUCAAGGCGGGCUCUUUCAUUCCGAUUGCCGUUGCCUCGGGGCGCGAGUGAUGAAUCAAAGAUGAAGAGCAGCACCACCAGCCCGAUCACAGUAUCGGAAUUCAGUGUUUCAGGGUGCGAGAAGAGUGGGAGCGAAUUGGAUUUUGAUGCGGAGUUGGGGAGCUGCAACAAUAGCGUAGGGUCUCGCGUGGAUGAAACACCUUCGUUCGCGAGGAGGACACUGCUUUGGAUAGUGGGGAGACAGAACAGGGUGGGAAACCAUCUCUCAUAUGGAUCAAACCCAGGUGUUUCUGUUGUUUAGAUUACUUGUUCUUGAGAUUCUUAUAUUUUGAAAGAAAAGAUGUAGUGGAAGGGGAUAAAUAGAAGGCAAAGAAUCAUUUGAAUACAGCAGUCCUUGUGUUUUUCUCUGUCUUUUCUGUUGGUUUGAUGAAUUCGUUUCCUCAGUUAUGUAUGUAUUUUGGUUGGAAACUAUUCCCUUCU